AUGCCUGAUGUUAAACAUGAGGACGUCAUGGCUUAUGCACCGGACCUUGCCCGUACUCCUGUGGAAUUAAUUCGCAAGGGCUUGCCGGGAAUGCAUAGGCAUGUCCCGCCAAUCCUCCUUGGCGUACGCUGUGACCCACCAAAGACCGUGUUACGGAAGGUCAAGGGAAUGUCUGUGCCCGAUUCUAGGCUGGCGGAGUGCCCAACGCACAUUUUCGCCGUCUACGGACCAUCAUGGGGGUCUACUUCGCCCGCAGACCGUUACCUCCAGAAACUCCGCGCCCGCCGCCUCGUCACCUAUUACCCAAUUCAUGCCCUCAUGUUCCUUGCGCAUUGUGGCAACCUUCCUCCCAUCGAGGAUUACCGUCUGCGACUCGCAAUCCUUCACGUUACGCCUCCGACCGCGACGGUCGAAGCAGCAUCCAUUAUCCGUGUUCCGCUGGUUCCGAUUUACGUUCCCGCCCCCGUCGCGUUCCAGCUCCUCGAACAUUAUAUCUACUUCUCGAACGUGCCGCAUCUCGAAGCAGAACUUCUCCCCUCCGAAUUACCUCCGCCACCGCGGGCCCCUGGUAUUAUUAGUCACGACGACCGCGUUGCCGCGUAUGCGUACGCGCUCGCUACGCAGCAGGAUAUGACCAUCAACAGGCUUUCGAGGCAUGCGAAGCUGGUCUAUCGUCUGUAUCAGAACGUGGUAUGGUUAGCGGUCAAGGACAGUGGUUUGUGGGCGGCCAUUAACUUCACAUGGGAGUCGUUGACGAGCGCGAUGAGAAUGAUGCAACAGUGGGGGAUGACAGUCUAG